CGCCAUGCGUGAUUCGGUCUCUUCCGCUUUUCCGGUGUAACACCCAGCGUCAGUGCUUGUUCUCUGCGCGAGCUAAGGCCGAAUCGGCGACUUGCACAACCAUCUCAAUCCAUCAUAUUUCAACUACAACAGUAGAAACAACAAAAUGACUUCGAAAGCCGAACUCGCUUGCGUGUACGCCGCGUUGAUCCUCACCGACGACGAUGUUGCCGUUACGGGUGAAAAGAUCCAAACCAUCUUGAAGGCAGCCAGUGUAGAGAUUGAACCAUACUGGCCAGGACUCUUUGCCAAAUCUCUUGAGGGUGUCAACAUCAAAGACCUCAUCACUAACAUCGGGUCUGGAGUUGGCGCUGCUCCAGCUGGUGCUGCGCCUGCUGCAGCUGCACCUGCCAGCGGUGAUGCUGCUCCAGCGAAGAAGGAAGAGAAGAAAGAAGAACCGGAUGAGGAAUCCGAUGACGACAUGGGAUUCGGUCUCUUCGACUAAGGCAAAAGCUUCUUGCAAGACAAGAUCUAUGAUGGAUCCAUUCCUUUGUACAGUUAUAUUGUACGCUGAAAAAUGAAUAAAAAAUU